AUAGAAUUAGAAUUAGGAAAUAAGAAUGAGGUAAGGCUUGGAGUGGGUGUUUAAGGCAGAUAGGGAUUGGAGAUAGGAGUAUUAAGCGGAUAUAGUAGAAGAAGAAAGACAGAUUCAGGCAGAUAUUGAGCAUCAAUUUUCGGUUGCUUCAAAUCUCCUUCAAAUGUCCAAAAUCUUAAAAGGAAUAAAAAUAAGCCUUCAAACAACAGUGAGUCAAUAGAUUCUGACCAAGAAAUUAUGGAAGUCCUUCAAGAAAGAAGACAAAGAAGGUUACAAAGGAUCCAGAAGAAGAUCUUCCGCUCCAGAGUUGAAGAGCCUGAUGAUGGUAGUGAGAGUUCGAUCUCUGAACAUGGCCACUCCUUUGGAGAGUCCUCAAUCACCAUUGUGAAUGACGAAGUGCUAGACUCUCAGAAAAUUAAGAAGCUUCGAAACUUGAAGACUAUUAGUUCAGAUUCAAGUUCUGGGAUUGACUCUAAUUAUCAGCUCAAGAAGUCAUUCCAUGCCAAGAAUUCAGUGCAUAAGUCGAAGAGGUUUAGCAGAGGUAGCCAACAAGGCUCCAGCUCUGAAUAUCGCUAUAACGUGAAUGUGAACAACAAACAGCCCUUAAAUUUUUCAGCAAAUGUAGCAGGGAUGGAAGAUGUCAGCAAUGUAAACUCCAGUUAUUUCUGCUCUACCAAUAAAUCAGGAUUUCUCAAGAACUCUCAGACCAAAGCUCAGGUGGAUCCACAGAAUCCAUACAGGAAUAGGAUGGUCCACAAGGAAAGACUUGAUGUGGUCUUUGAACAGAAAAAGGUGCCUGGAACUCUCUAUGAUAGUUCAAAUAGCAACAAAGAUGUCGCCUCAACACCUAAGAAAAGAGUCAAGCAGUUGAAGCCAGGCAAGUUACUAAGAAAUGAGUCUCGUGUUGUAAACCCCAUGGAGAGUAACGAACAAAUGGGUGAGAAGGUAGCCUUGCCAAGAAUCUUGUCACCCACAGCUAGAAAUUUGAGGAACAAUCAGCAUAGACAAAUGGCUGGUUAUAGCAGAAAACGCCAUGUGCUUCAAAGACACGUACUUGAUGAACAAUAAUCCAUUACUAGUUAUUGUUAACGACAUCUAGC